AUGGGUGGCCUAGGCUUAUCAUUAUCUCCCUGGUAUGAACAUCGACUCUCAGAACUGUAUGCUCAAAUCCAGGGAAAGCACCGACAAACUCGCAAAUAUUAUUCUACCUACAAUGCUCUGUUGGAAAUAAAAGAAUUGAUGUUAAAGGAAACAUCUUUAUUGAAUUCAAUCAUUUCACAGUUUCAAGAAGCCUUUAGUAGCGCUGAUGGUCGUAUAAAACUUGUUCAUUCUAUGGAAGGAAUUCUCAAGGGAAGUCAACAGAAACUGGAAAAGGUUCAACUAGGGCUUCAAGAAGAAGAGAGAAACCGUAACGAGCUUAAGGAUAGAUAUGCUGCAGCAAUCGGUGAGCAAAAGCGCUGCUAUUCUCUGAUGAAAUCUUUUCAGGAAAAAUGUUCCAAGGAGAAGUUACGGAGUCAGAGUUCCAGAUGA